UAUGAAAAUAUUGUAAUAAGCAUAUUCCUGCUUGUUAUGAUCCUUCCCUUGCAUGCCCACUCUCUGAAAGAUUUAUUUUCCAAUGAAUUUGUUUGUAACCAACAUUUAGUUACUAAAUUCUUUUCUGAAGAAAAUAUGCAAUGCUCUGGAGCGGAAUUACAUCAUGUCACUGAGAAAGAAGAUUUUGGUAUUAACCACAAGUUUAUUAGAUAUUGGAAUUACUAUGAUUCCUCGAAAGGUAAAUGGGAGGUACUUGCAAAAGACCAAGGGAAGGUUGGAUACAAGCUUUAUAACACUGACCAAGAACAGAAUUAUAGUGUCUCCAUUGAAUAUCCAACAAUGCAUUUGCUUUCAUACUCGUUGGGAAAUCAUUCAGAGAGCAAGAGUUGUGAUACUUUGAGUUCAUAUGUUUAUAUUGUUCUGAAUGCAAAUGAGGUCAGGCAAAGUGAUGAAGAGAAUAAUGACUCGAGCAAUUAUUUCCACAUAAUUAAACUUCCUAAGAAAGAAAUUAUUAUGAACCCAAAUAAAGUUUAUGCUUUUAGUUCAGAACUUAAAAAUGCCAACCAUACUUUCUGUCGCAAAGGAGUCGUGACCGAUUUACAAGGAGGCCUAGAGUAUGAGAUUUUUAAUGGCAAAUUCAUUAACUUUAAAUUAACAAAGAACAGGGUCAUCAAUAAAGAAGCAUCUGCUCAAAACACUCUGCUUGGGGAUUCAUCUACUAUAGACAUCAAUAUAAAUGUGACGGUAGAUGAAUCUUAUUUUCCUGGCUACAUAUCAAUUCUUGUGUUAUUUUUUGCGAUUUGCUUUAUUAUAAUGAUCCAGUGGAAUCUCCUCAAUUACUCAUUCUUUCCAGGCAAGUUAAGUCUCAUAGUUUAGAUUUCUUCAACUCGAAUUUAAAAG